GCAUAUCCAUAAACAUAUGUAUCAAGGCUGGACCAAAAGGCAGUAUAGUCCCCUUUCUGGACUGGACCUGUGGUGGAAAGACUGCAACAGGUGCGUGACGGUACCUGACUGGACAAAAGUCAAAUUGUGCUCCCAUGAGCUGCACCUGGUCAUGAAGAGCCUGGUAAGGUGACUGUUCACUGAAGAUGAAGAGAUGUCCGUCCUCCCCUCUCCAGGGGUCUUUGGGAUGUUGUAGGUUGAGUCUGUUCUGGGACAGUUUGGAGAGAGGGUCUUCUUCUUGCCCCAUCAUUUCAGACUGUCUCUGAAAAUGGUGAACUGUACUUGAAGUAAAUAAAGGUACCUCACAUGCUAAGACGGGCUACCUCAGCGUCUAAAGGCAUACGCUUUCAAUUACGGUAUCGUUUCAAAUGACGCUAAGCGAACGUGCCACAGACCUCAACCAUAACCGUUAACGUGAACUUUGUUUCAUCCCGACUUUGCCUGAACGAACAGCUGGCAUGCUAUCACAUUAACAUGACCCUAAACUAACUACAUGGUGUAAUUGUGGUAACAUGCACAGCACAAAUAAAGUACAGAAUCACAGUGCAGGUUUGCCGUGGAUUAACGCUAACCUUUGGCUUGAACAAACAAAAGACAUUUAUCAUUAGAAAUAUAAUUUAGUUGGCAGAUUUUAUACAUGCCCAAUUUACCUGAACGCUUUAUAGUUUCAUGAAGAAAACCCAGCAUUAAUUCAGAGCAAAGAUUUUUGUAGAUUUGAGAGGGAAAACUGGGCAGCCUUUGUGCUGCGGCUCUCAGGUGUCCUAUUAGCCUGGACCGCAACAUGAUAACAUUAGCCAACAUUAGGCCGAGAGGUUACUGCUCCUAUGUGUCUUCAAAAGGUGUUCACAUACCUUUUCUUUUCUCUUCCUUUACUUUAAAUCCCAGAGGAAAGUACACUGCUUCGCCACGGGAGCCCAGGAGAGGGAUAUCAGCUCUGUUAAUCUGGCUAACCAAGCUAACCUGACCGAUAACCCAGCCGCAGGGUUUCUGGAAAACUGCUAAACCCCGCAGAAGUAACCCAGAAAAAUAACCCAACCGGACCCAGAAUUUGGGUUAAUAAAAUCAGACAGCUUUUUUUUUAAGGGUGCCGAUGAAACCAAAAAGCUACAUUUUGAUGUUUGCAAACAUCAUAGCAGAGGAUUAAAAGUUACUGAUGUAUUUAUCAAGAUAAUAAAAUAAUAAUGCACCAUAAUCUGAACUGAGACGUCAAAAUAUUAUUACUGCAGAGGACAAAGUCUAUUUCCGGCUGUUUACAUUUCAUAAUAAAAGCACAAGACAUAUCGGUCUAUUGACAUUUUACAAACAAGACACUCUGUAUAACAGCUUACUAUAUUAACAUAUGCUCGUAUACAGUGUGGUGUUUAUUUUAGGUUAAUUUUAUUUUAGGUUUAGGUUUUUAUCAACCAUUUGAUGUGAUAGAGGGCAUCAUGAUUGACAGCUGAGCGCUGCUCCUGAUUGGGUCAGACAGGUGUGUGGGUGGGAACUGGCUCCAAAUGAUGUCACCAUUUUUUUGCUUCACUUUUGUACAGGAGGAGGAAGUGAAGACACGUCACCCAGCUUUAUGUCAAUGGUCUUUUCUCUUUGUCCAUCGUUUUACAGUCCAACUGUGAAAUCAAAACCUUUACAAAAAACAGAAUCGUACAACGCAGUUUAUGUUUAUCAUGCAGCCCCUCUGGAGGACAGAACGUUGCCGUGACGUGUUCAGGUUACGUAAUCCUGUUCCUGCUCUCGUCCUGUUUAUAGAACUGGAACAUUUCUUUAACAUCCUGACUAACUAAAGCUCAAACAGAGGUCAGAAGGUUUUAGAAAAUGUCUUUGUGCUCAGAUCAGAGCUCAAAGAGUGAGGAGCUGUUGAAUGUGUCUUGGCUUUCUGCCCACAUGUGUGUGUACGCCUCCUUCCAUGGAACUCCUGUCAUCCAACACGCCCACAGUCACCAAACAGCCACAGGGGGAUUUGAAUACUGAACCACAGCGUCGGACAGAAAUAAAAGCAGGGAGAUGAAAAGACAGGCGGACGGAUGAAUAACAACCUGCUGCUGGAGAGACGGAGCCAUGACAGGAUGAACAAAUACGUGCAAAUCGCUCCAGUUGCUGCCUGCAACAACUCCUCAGUGACCGUGGAGUUGCUGGCGUGUUUCCAUAACGAUGAUAUGUUCAAGUACCGUGCGUACACCUUCACUUACCUUCUGGUGUUUCCCGUGGCGUUUCUCUGCAACAUCGGAGCCCUGCUGGUGUUUCUCCUGCAGAGCAGCCGCAGACGCUCCGCCUCCUGCAUCAUCAUGAUGAAUCUCGCCCUAUCAGAUGGCAGCUUCUCCCUCACCCUCCCUCUGCGAUUGGCUUAUUACUUUAGGGGUGGUGUGUGGGACUUCCCUGAUUGGCUGUGCCGACUGUGUGUCUACUGCUUCUACGUCAACCUGUACACAAGCAUCCUCUUCCUCACUCUACUGAGCACGCUCCGUUGGCUCGCUGUGGCUCAGCCCCUUCGUCACCGCUCUCUGACCACGCCCACCCGAACCUUAUUGGUCUGUCUGGGAGUCUGGCUGUUUGUGGGCGUGUCCUCCGCCCCCUUCCUGACCAAUGGGGUGACAAAGAGGGAGGACAUUCUUCGUUGUUUUGAGCCUUCCAGCCCCUCAUCUUGGGGGCGGAUCCUGAUCCUAAACUACGUGGCGUUGGCUUUCGGCUUCCUGCUGCCUUUCAUCACAAUCAUCGUCUGUUACGGCAGACUCAUUCGACGCCUAAUGGUCCGCUCCAGCCUCGGCGAUGGCAGACCGUCCAGCAACGCUCGCCGUCACAACAGACGCCGCUCCGUGUACUUGGUCACCAUGGUAACAGCGACCUUCCUGCUCUGCUUUCUGCCCUACCACGUGAUUCGGUCUCUGCACCUGCACGCCGUGUGCGGCGGCUGGGACUGCAGCGUCACAGUGGCGCUGCAGCGGGCGGUGGUGGUGACGCUGUGUCUGGCAGCGUCGAACAGUGUGGUCAACCCACUGCUGUAUUACUACUCCACCAGGACGUUCAGGAACCACAUGAGGGACGCGCACUCCUCCCUGCUGACCAGCAGGGGGGGCUCUUUCAGGUCAGGACUGGCUCUGCUGAGGAGAAGGAACACCACCUGAGGAAGGUGGAUGGUCCUCAAAGUCACCUCAGCAGCAGGACCAGUCAAAGACUCCUCACGUCCUCAGAACUUCAUGUGAAUGAAAGACGCCACAUCAAGGAUCACUGGACUGCUGCAUUUAUAGGAUUUCUUCUGACACACACACGCACGCACACACACACACACACGCGCACGCACGCACACACACACACACACACACACACACACACUCACACACACACAAAUGUUCCCUCCUGUUUGAACUGCUUCUUUGAAAUGAAAUAUUUGUGUUUCUAGUUUUUAAAGGUUUCCGUGGAACUGAAACACUUCAGGUUUGACUCUGCAUGUGAGACUUGUGUGUGUCUGUGGUUGUAAAUUGUUGUAAACAUGUGAUGAGGGCUCAAGUGAAGAAUCUUUGUUGACAUUUGGUUGUUUAUCUGGUAAUAAACCAUGUCGAC